AGUAAACAUAACGAGUGCCAGUAGCGUUCGCUAACAACUUGGGUGUGUUAGCCAGAAGAAGAUAUCUCAGUCGUUACGUUGGCAGUGAUAUCACUUUGUAAUUAAGCAACAAUGUCUUCAGCUCAGUAUUUGAGAGAGUUUAUCAGCAGGAGACUAACUGCUGCAGCUGAAGAAAUAUUCGGAGCUUUUCAAAAAACUAUUGUCGACUACGAAGAAGAGAUCGACCGUCAGCGCAAACAGUUGGAUGAGGCUUGGAAACCGGAAGUAACGUUACUCAGGAUAGUCCCUCCAGAGCUCCCACAGCAACAUGUCUGUCAGCAGGAGCAGGAGGAGGAGGUUGUCACUGACCAGCAGCCUGGCAUUCAGGAGAGGAGCUCCAGUGUGGACCGAGAGGAGCCAGAGCCUCCACAGAUGAAAGAGGAAGAGGAGGAACUGUGCAGCAGUCAGGAGGGAGAGCAGUUCGAGCUGAAGCAGGAGACUGAUGACUUUAUGUUGAGUCUUUCUGAUGAGGAAGGAGAUGUCAAAGAAGAUCAGACUCUGAACUUCAACCAUAAUGACACUGUAAGUGCAGCAGAGGAAGAGUCUUCAGUGAAAAUGCAGGUUGUAACCUCUGUGGUACCAGAACCAAACACUCAUAAUGACACUGUAAGUGCAGCAGAGGAAGAGUCUUCAGUGAAAAUGCAGGUUGCAACCUCUGUGGUACCAGAACCAAACAAUCAUAAUGACACUGAAAGUGCAGCAGAAGAAGAGCCUUCAGUAAAAAUGCCGGUUAUAAGCGCUGUGGUCCCAGAAUCAAACAGUGGCCACCAGCUCCUGUCUCACAACUCUCAUGAAAAAAAGAGCCAAGAUCAGGAAGGAGGCAAGCAUGGGAACUUAGGAUCAACUAGAAAGGCAAAGCCAAAACAACAGAAUCAACACCGCGAAUGUCAUACACGCACACGUAAAAAGUCUUUUAAAUGUGACACAUGUGGGGAAGCUUUCAAGAAUGAGUCAGAUUUGCAGAUACACGUGAGAAUCCACACAGGUGAAAAGCCACAUACUUGCGACCACUGUGGGAUGACAUUCACUCAGAAGGCCUCAUUGAAUGGUCAUUUAAGGGUCCAUUCAAGUGAGAGGCCAAGUUCUUGCAAAACAUGUGGGAAAGAAUUCAGAUGUAAAAGUUACUUGUCAGACCACAUGAGAAUCCACACAGGAGAGAAGCCAUAUUCUUGCAACACCUGUGGGAAACGAUUCAACCAUGCAACGUCAUUAAGAUUUCACAUGAGAACCCACACAGGCGAGAAGCCAUAUUCUUGCAAAACAUGUGGGAAAGAGUUCAGAUGUAGCAGCCACUUGACAGACCACAUAAGAACCCACACAGGGAAGAGGCCGUAUUGUUGCAACACCUGUGGAAAAGAUUUCAGACGUAGUAUAGACUUGACAACCCACUUGAGGAUUCACACAGGAGAGAAGCCGUUCGCGUGCAAAACAUGUGGGAAAGCUUUCGGUCGACGCUUUAACUUGAUAGUCCACAUGAGAGUUCACACAGGUAAUAGGCCAUAUUGUUGCAGCGUCUGUGGGAAAGAUUUUGUACAUAAUAGGAACUUGUCAGCCCACAUGAGAAGAGACCACAGUGGUGAGAAGCCGGACCUUUGAAACAAUCUGCGGGAAAGCUUGCUUCGGUGCUUCGUGUUUGGCAAACCAUGUGAGACCGCAUACAUGCAAGUAAUCUGUUUUUUGCAAAAUAUGUGGGAGACAAUUCAACUCUUGUGGUUCCCGGUUAAAGCACACAAGAACUCACAGAGAGGAGCCACAUAAUUGCAGCGUUGAAGUAAAAGUUUUACUCAAAUUACAAAUUUGGGAAGAACAUCUGAGGAUCACUAUACACAGGAGGAACUGCUGAGCUAAAACUCCUGUUGGGUGUAACUUUUACAAUAGCUACUGAAUGUAUACAGUUCCCCAUUGAGAGGAAUUUACAUAAUGUUGAGGUAGUAUAUUUUCAGCAAUGCCAUCAAGUUUUGUUGCUCUGAUCUCAUUGUUUUCCUUCAUAUUUCUGUUGGCAACAGUGUUUCUUCAACAAUCUCCCAAAGUUAUUGAAAAGUCUUUGUUGCACAGGUAGUUCAUGAUUCUUAAAAAUAUUUGAUUGGUUAUUAAUAUUGUUUUUAUUUUUUAUCUCUACUGCUGUUGGCUCACUCAUGUCAUCCUGCCAACUAGGAUCUUUUUUUUGGUCUGCAACGUGUCAUCUAAUUUUAUAUAUUUUCGUAUUUUGUAAUCGCAUCAGUUUGAUGUAACUAACAGAACAGUCAGUUUCCUCAGGGACGUGGACUCUAAACUGCUGUUUUUUGUUCUGCUGUGUUUUCUAACAAUAAAGCUUUGUUAGAAA